UCGUAACGGCUGAACUCAUUUUCUUGAGUCAUGUAUGAUAAAUCACUUUGAAAUGAAAAAUUAACAAAUAUCUUGUAAUUAAUUAAAAGUUUUUUAGGUAAACUAACAAAUAAAUAAAUAAAUUAUAGAAUAAAAUAAAAAUGCAAGUGUAUUCGUAUAUAUUAUAUUUUUGUGCUCCGUUUCUCUUGGCCGGCAGUGUCAAUGCCUUAACACAUAGACGUAAUAACACAGUGGAAGGAUAUCCAGUUUCAUUUUUAACUGAAGACUGUCCAGGUUCGAUGAAACCUGUAAUAAUAUCAAAAAAUAGAUUAAGAUUCAUCAAAUUCUAUAUUUACGGAUAUAGAUCUCAUAUGAUAAAAUCAAAAAAAGUGUAUACUUACAAUAUGAUGAAGCAGCUGGCGGCUGACCCUGAUAUGGACUGGAGCAAACGCACAUUGUUGUAUGUGCCUGGUUGGAUGGACAAUAUUUACGCUUUUCCAAUGGGAAGAAUCAUGAAAGUGCUUUACAAAAGAAUGGGAUAUAAUGUUAUUAUACUCGAUGUAAUUAAGUUUAACACAGAAGAAUACCCUAUAGCGGUACGACUGAUGUAUACUGUCGGGGAUCUUGUAGGUGAGAUGCUCGCUAAACUCCAUGCAUUCCAGCCCAAAUUCGACCCCAAAAAACUGGACCUGCUGGGUCUCAGUCUUGGAGGUCAUACCAUGGGGUUCAUAGCCAAGGGCUUUUAUAAACGAACAGGUAUCAAAGUAGCGAGGCUAACAGGCAUGGACCCCGCCGGGCCGUGCUUCAAGAACAGAGGUCCUGAGGGCAGAGUUGACGAAAGUGACGCUGACUUCGUUGAUUUGAUUCUAACUAACGUAGAUAUGUUCGGAAUGGCUGUUCCAUCUGGCACUGUUAGUAUUUACGUUAACGGUGGAGAGUACCAACCAGGAGACUUUUAUUGGAUGUACUGCGGUCCUUUUUGCAGUCACGCUCGGAGUUUUGAACUUUGGAUAGCGGCUGUUGCGAAUCCUGAUGCUUUCAUCGCCCUUAAAUGUGACUCUGUACAAGAUGCUCGAGACAAAAAGUGCUUUGAUAGAAAGCCUAUGGAAACUAUCAAAGUUGGGCCUAAUAUAGAUAGAAGUGCUAAAGGCAUUUAUUAUUUAUCUACAAGUAACUAUUAUCCUUAUGCAUUAGGUGAAAAGGGAUUGAAGAAAGAAACAGAUUACGUUUGGAACAAACUGAUCAAAAUGAAUGAUGACGAAGUAUUAACGUUAUGAUUGAUUUGAGUAUUAUUAAAAUUUUGACAAUUU